UUUAAUGGGAAUUGAAAUAAAAGGUUGAUAAGGCUGAAAAGUGAUAUCUUAAUCUUUAUGAAGCUAGCGGUGAUAGGCUUUUAAAGCAACAAACCCGGAGAUUAUUGAUUGAAUGGAAAUUUCUUACGCUUGCAAAGAAAAUUCAAAUUAAGUGAAAAACCUCGUGAAAAAGAAUCAUCGUAGAAGUUAUGAAAUUAACAGCAUCUGAGAUAAUCGCUUACAAAACAUCUACAUUUGCAUGGUUCUUCAAAUUGCGUAAUAAGAAGAUUCUUCCGCAAUUCAUUGCUAUUUCAUUUAGUUAUAUUUUGUCAAGUCUUUUCUCGAGUGUUGACCAAAUCAGAUGUAAAUGAAAUUUUAAACUGUGAUGAAAUAAGCCGCAACUGAACAAAUAAAAUUUGUGUAUAAAAAUCCUAAAAUUAUUAUUUAGUGCAUUGAGUGCAAUUGAUAUAGCUUUUAUAAAUAUAACAAACAGAAAGCAAAUACAUAUUACGAAAGAAAUUUCGACAAGGACAUAAAGUUGCGAAAGUGAACAAAGAAAUAGCCAAUAUUUCAGAGACGCAAGAGUUGAUUAUCUAGUAAAUAAUAUUAUGAAAAAUUUAAGUCUAAAUUUUAAUGAAACCGCAUCGACAAUUAAGGAUGUAAGCUUCAAGGACGUUGUCAUUAUCGGAAAUGGACCCAGUGGCAUUUCACUCUCAUAUUUCUUAGCUGGUAAUUUACCAUAUUGGAAGCCAGAAGAUAUCAAAUCACAUCCUGAUGAAUUACUCAAAGCUAGACUCACAUAUUUAGAUGCUAGUAAAAGUUUAAUGGAACAUGAUUUGUAUUCGUUAACACAUGGCUUAGAAGGGCGAACAACAAAUCCAGUUUCAAUAUUGUUUGAUAGUUUGCAGCAUCCCGGUGCUGAUUUAGGAAUCAAACUUCAAUCUAUGUUAAAAUAUAAGCAUUUUAAGGAUAAAGAAAUCGAUCAUGUAGUGCUAGGAAAAGGAAAGCCUGGCGGAUCAUGGCAUCGCAUGGAUCCAAAUCUACGAACCUUAAGUCUUUCUGCUUGGAUGUCCCUGCCCAAUUUGAAUUUUGAUGAAUGGGAACAACAGUAUCAGUCGAGCUUAGAAUAUGAAAUCGAUGAAUCGAGUGACAAUUCACAAAAAAUAGAGGAGAAACAUCCCUCAGACAGAUAUUUAAGAAGCAUAAGCGAAGAAGUUAAAACGAGAGCACUCGUAGCAUCUGUAGCAGAAUAUUAUGAAAAUUACGUACAUCUUAUGAACCUUGAUAAAUUUUUUCGGAACGACACCAUCGUUGUCAGCAUUCGCCAAGUUAAAGAGAACGAGAAAUUUAAUAAUAGUAAAUUAGAGAAUGCGAAUUGGAUUGUUCACGGUUAUGACAAAGCUUCGAAGAGACCUUUUAUCAUUGGAUGUAAGAAAGUUGUCAUGGCUAAUGGUGGAAGUGACUUGGUGAAUCGUCUUGGAGUCCGUGGUGAGAAUAAAUCACUAUCGUGGCUUAAAUAUGAAUUGCCAUUAUUGGAAAGCUCAAUUGAGAAUGUGAAAGAAGGAGAAAAGAUUCAAAUGAAACCUGUGAUGAUUGUCGGUGCUGGAUUAUCAGCAGCAGACGCUGUUAUAGCAUGCCGUAAUGCUGGUAUAAAUGUCAUUCAUGUCUUUAGAGGGGUUGCUGGUGGAUUUCUUGGAUUACCCCAAACAUAUUUUCCCGAGUACAACAUGGUCUACAACAUGAUGAAAGAUCCUAAAACAAAUUACGAAUUUUAUCAACCGUUACCUGAAAGCACUUUAAAAGAGAUUAAAUCGUCAAAUGGAAAACAUCUGGUCACAGUUCAAAGCUUGAGAAGUGAAGAGUGUCAAACGUUUGACGUUUCGUAUUGUGCAAUUUUAAUUGGUUCACGACCCGAUCUGUCUUUGUUACAACACUUGAACAAUUUUUCACCAGCACGACAAAUUGUAUCGACAACUUUAAAUGAAAAUCCAUCGGAAAAUAUUGCGAUUAGGGCAUUGAGAAGAUUUAAAAUAUUUUGUGAAAAAUGCAAGCACUUAAAUCUUUGCUUUGGGAUCAAAAAUCGGAAUAUCAUAAUUAAUAGUUUAAUUGACGAUGAUAAUUGUUGUACUAAAGACUGUUCAAUGCGCAAGAGCUGUCAAUGCGAUCGUUUAUUAAAUGAUAAGAAAUUGAAAUGUGAUGAGCGAGGUGUAGGAUUUGGUGAAGAUCCAACUAAACCAGUUGAUUGCAAAAAUAAUCCAAUUGCUGUCAAUAAAUUCACAAAUGAACUUCUGCAUGUUCCAGGAGUAUACGCUUUGGGGCCGUUGGUUGGUGAUAAUUUUGUGAGAUUCAUUGCCGGUGGUGCGCUUUCAAUUGCAUCCACAUUUUUAAAUGAAAAGUGAGAAAAUUUUACCCGAUAAAGUUUUUUUUAUUAAUUUCAUCUGUGGUUACCCGAGGGGAAGAUAAAAGUUCAUCGUCAGUCAUUGAUUAUUGUGUUCUGUUUUUCAUUUCCCGUAACUUUGGAAAGUUUUCGACAUGUGAAAGCUUUUAUUAUUAAAUUUUUGUUUGCCGCAGGCAAUUUCAGCUGUUUAAUUGAAUGACAAUUUUUGGCAGCUUUCCUUUUUUCUUAUAAUGUACACAAAUUUAUUUAUUUUCAUUAAUUUUGUAAUUAGGUAAGAGAGCUGAAUAGAAAGCUGAUAAUUGUUUGACUUCAUUGAAGAUUUUACAUGACAACUCUUUUAACUUAACUUAGCUUAGACAAGAAAUGAAGUGAGUUUAUCAUCCUUUGUGGAAAAGCUCCCUUUGCACGCAUGAAAUUUUUUUACCUAACUUAAUGAUUCGAUCAGAAAUGAGCAAACAAAAAAAGAAAAAAAUUGAGAAAAGUUCAAUGAAAUUUCUUUCUAAAAAUAAAAUAAAACCUUUGGCAUUCGUUCAUCUUGAUGAUUCCAAUCAUUCCAAUCACAACAAAAAUUGAAGAAAAAUACAAAAGAAGCUUAUUUGAUAUUUAAUUAAAAAAAAUUGUGUCUUGACAAAAUAGAAAAAAACAAAAAGAA